GUACAUUUUAAAAUCUGGUCCACUGGUCACAUACUCACAUGCCCAAAUCUGAAUCAUCGUCUCAAAUUUUCAGGGAUUUCUUAUCCAUAUCACCAAAUAUUUGAUCACCUCAAUCAAUAUUUGGUCGGAUACCCGGAUGUUUCCUGCUCAAUUCGUAACGAAUCAAGAAAAAAAUAAGUGAAGAUCACAGUUAUUUACCUCACCUGGGUGUUUCUUAUGCACUCCAACUGUUCGACCAUUUGCCCCUGUGAAGGUUUCUGAUAUUAAUCAAAACAAAGUGUGGGAACUCAUAUUUUAGAGAAAAGAUGACAAUUGACAUGAUACCAGGGAGUUCUGGGCGCAUAGAUGCUGGUGAUGACAAGAAAAUAACAUAUUUUAGCAACAAAUAUGUGUUGGGUUUGACUGUUGUUGCUGGCAUUGGUGGUCUGCUUUUUGGUUAUGACACAGGAGUCAUAUCAGGAGCCCUUCUGUACAUCCGUGAUGACUUCGAUGCCGUUGAUCAAAGUAGCUUCUUACAGGAGACAAUUGUUAGCAUGGCUUUACUUGGUGCAAUGAUCGGAGCUGCAGGCGGUGGGUGGCUAAACGACGUGCAAGGGCGCAAAAGUGCUACACUUAUCGCUGAUGUGAUAUUUGCACUUGGAUCUUUCGUAAUGGCGGCUGCACCCGAUCCAUACGUUCUUAUAUUCGGUCGUUUAUUAGUUGGACUAGGUGUCGGUAUAGCUUCUGUUACCGCUCCAAUGUAUAUCGCAGAAGCAGCGCCUUCGGAAAUACGCGGUGGUCUUGUAAGCACCAACGUGCUUAUGAUCACCGGUGGUCAGUUUCUAUCUUACCUUGUUAAUCUUGGUUUCACACAGGUUCGUGGAACAUGGCGAUGGAUGCUCGGAAUUGCUGCUGUACCCGCUAUUCUUCAGUUUGCGUUGAUGCUGUUUUUGCCUGAGUCGCCACGUUGGCUUUACAAGAAUAAAAGUAGUUCGGAGGCAAUUGCCACACUUUCAAAAAUUUAUGAUCCUGAUCGGUUAAACGAUGAACUCCAGCACCUUUCGGCUGCGUUAGAGGAAGAACGCAGAGGCAGGAAUUCCGUAAGAUACCGAGAUGUUUUCAGAAUUAAAGAAAUCAGACUUGCAUUUAUGGCUGGAGCUGGUCUGCAGGCAUUUCAACAAUUUACUGGCAUCAACACCGUCAUGUAUUACAGCCCGACCAUAGUCCAGAUGGCAGGUUUCGGGUCAAACGAAUUAGCUCUUCAAUUAUCUCUCAUAGUUGCACUAAUGAAUGCCGCCGGAACAGUGGUCGGAAUCUACCUCAUCGACCACGUUGGCCGCCGGAAGUUAGCUCUCAGCAGUUUAACAGGUGUCAUUCUGUCAUUGGUUCUCCUGUCAGUUGCAUUCUUCCUUGAAUCAUCUGGACAUACCAACAUAGGGUGGGUGGCGGUUCUCGGGUUAGUCCUUUACAUUAGUUCGUUCGCCCCUGGGAUGGGGCCCGUUCCAUGGACGGUGAAUUCUGAAAUAUACUCAGAAUUGUAUCGCGGUACCUGUGGAGGAAUGGCGGCUACUGUGAACUGGGUAUCGAAUUUGAUAGUUGCUCAAAGCUUUCUUUCAGUUGCUGAUGCGGUUGGGACCGGUUUGACCUUUGCUAUAUUGGCGGUAAUUGCGGUGGCUGCGGUUGUUUUCGUGCUCAUGUUUGUACCGGAGACCAAAGGGUUGACUUUUGAGGAAGUAGAGAAAUUGUGGCGUGAACGGGCUCGCGGAAGAAGUAAUGGUGCUGAAAAAUCUCUUCUUGAAGACGAUGAGACAUGAAAGUUCAUAUGCAGAGUUCCAUGGUUUUGUAUGAUUAUUGAGCUAUAUUAACAGAUUUUGGUAUUAGUAGUAAAUAAGUGUCAUGGUUCAAGGCUAUAUUCGUCAUUACAAAAACGAUACGAACAAGACACAUAAAUAAUCAGCUUUGGGUUAUCAUA